GAUUUCAGACGCAGUAUGUAAAAGAUCUUUAGAGUAACAUGGAGGAAGGUAACUUGACGUCUUCCAGUUGCCAGUUCUUCCGGAAGAGACGUGGAAAUGCGACACCAUCUUGAUUUUCCAGCGCGUGACAGCGGCGUUAUCGCGAAUUGGCUGCUCCUUUGUGAUAUUUACCAUUUGGUUGUUCCGCCGAUACACAGUAACACCUCAGAGAAUGAUUAUAUUAAUAAGUAUCGGUGGACUUGGAAAUGCAGUAGCAAAUUUAAUGGGUGAAAGUUCAAACGACGCUCUCUGCAAAUUGAUUGCUUGUCUAAAUACGUUUUUUGACUGGGCCAUGUUGCUUAGUGUUGUUGCUGUGGCUAUACAGUUAUAUCUUGUCAUUUUCUUGAGGACACAAACGGGCAAGUACGAAUGGGCAUACCAUUAUGUGAUAUGGUCUGUGGCUGUGAUUGUUUCUCUCUUACCAUUUUUCUCAAACAAGUAUGGCAAUUCAGGAGUAUGGUGCUGGAUAGUUCACGACGUGGGCUGGAGAAUGGGAAUAUGGUAUGGUCCAUUGUUCUUCGUCAUCGUCGUUCUGUUCGGCUUGUACAUCAGUAUCAUCGUCAAGAUUCGCUCGCUUAUCAGGACCUGGGAGAGAACAUAUACGCCAGACGUGGAGGCAAAAAAGAAAUUUUUGAAACAGGAAGCCCGUCCACUGAUCUUUUACCCCUUCGUUUAUCUCAUCGUCUAUCUUAUUCCAACAGUAAAUAGAAUACACAAUGCAUUGAAUCCGUCGGAUCCAAUUUAUGAACUGGUCCUUAUAGCUGGGAUAUGUGCUGCAGCGAUAGGUUUGGCAAACUCGUUGAUAUACGGACUGGACAAGGAGACACGCAGUAAAUUAACCAAGACACACAUAAAGAAUGCUUGGUACAGCCAUAUUGCUCCUGAAGUCAAAAUGGGAGAAUACAGCACAGAGGCGCCCCCUACCGAGAAGACCCCACCCACGCCUUCAAAAUACCACCAAUCAGGUGUGAGGAACCCUGUGUUCACGGUGGAGACCGAUGCGGCAAGAAAUUCGUCAGAGUCAUCAACCGAUGAUGGUUUUGUCACACUAAAUAUAUGAAUUUGUUAUUUUUCCACAUAGACCUGCUGUACAUGUGGCAUUUCUGACACUGCUCAAGCCUGUACGACCAACCCUCAAACCUUUAUGACCAACGCUCAAACCUUUAUGAUCAACGCUCAAACUUCUAUGACCAACGCUCAAACCAGUGAUAAUGC